AUGGCCGCCUCACCUUCUGAUGCCCCAGUUGGUGACGAGGACUUCCCGCUAUGUGCCGUGUUCUACCUUCUCACCUGUGGCUCAUUGGCCCCGCCUCGUGAUGUCGCCACAGUCAAAUCUCCCAACCUCUAUACCGCCUGGUCGAACUGCGACAUCCUCAGCUUGCCGGCCACGACAGGCUCCAAUCUAGGUCACAACCCUGCUUGGCUCUCAUCUCAGAGGUCUCAGAGCAUCGCGCCGGUCGAGGCAGGAUGGCGGUGGCAUCUCGAGCGAGAUCAGGUUCCCUUCAGGUAUAAGAAGGGAUGA